AUGCAGCUCCUGAAAAUAAUUGGGCUCACAUUCCUCGCGGCUACCCUUGGACCAAUCCAAGUUUUAUGCAAUGGAUGUUCGGAGAUACCAGAGCAUCCCACAACGUGGUGCAUCACAUAUAAACCUGUUAUCAAAAAAGGGGUGUUGGUGUCGUUUGGGGAUGCCAGGAUUUCCAAAGCAACUCCUAAUGGACAUUGCAACCCACAUGGUCCCGGGCGAAUGGGCACACGAUACUGCUGCAGAACAGAUGCUCCACCGGCUGUCAAGGACCUAUCACUCACUUUUGGGGCACUGAAGGAAGUAUGUGUGCCUGAAACGGCAUAUUCCGUCCUUCCAUCGGAGAGACCACCCCAAGCAGUGGGCUAUGGAGGGGGUGGAGAGGGCUUGGGAGGGGGCUACUCCGGUCGAGGGGGGCGCAAAGGCUGA